UCUUGCUGGAAAUCAGCUCUACCUCACCCACAUGACUGGUCUUCACUAUUAAUCCCAGCUGAUGGCAGGGAGGGGCUCUAGUGGGAGGCAGCCAUGUGGUGAACAUUGAGCUCAGUGUUUUUUCCCCCUGCUUCUCUCCUCUCCAGACAGGCAAAACUGUUCUGUGCUGCCGUGGAUGUGAAGCCCUCUCCGUGCUGCCUCUGCUUCUUCUCCCCCAAAACUCUCAGGGCCCUGAAUUUGCAGCCUCAGAGAUCCCAAAAAAAAAAGCUCUGCUGGAUCUGGAUGGAAGAUGGACCAGGGGAUGAAUAGCAGGAGGGGAGGAAGAGUGAAGUUGGUUAUUUUUCUGGCACAUGGAUGCAAUUACAGUCAGUGCAUUCCAGAGGCGUUCCUUUGAAUCCUGUGCAGGUCUGCCUGCCGUCCUUGGGAGAGAGGAAGAAAAAGGGAGGAAAAGUCCCUCUUGGGGAGAGAAUGUCUGCAUUUCCAAUCCUCUUCUUAGCUUGCUGUUCUGCUUGGCUCUGCGAGGCUCAGAUUGAAUUCAAGAGAGUGGCAGAAGAAAACGUGACCCUGCCCUGCCACCACCACCUGGGGCUGCUGGAGCAGGGCAGCCUGGACAUCGAGUGGCUGCUGCACAUCUCUGAGACCGUGCAGAAAGCGGUGAUCACCUACUCUGGGGGCCGUGUUUAUGAUGACCUGAACCAGGAGCAGAAGGGCCGUGUUUCCUUCACCUCCAACUUCCUGGCAGGAGAUGCAUCCCUGCACAUCAUCUCGCUGCAGUCCAGCGAUGCAGGGACAUACAUCUGCAAGGUGAAGAAAGCCGGGCAGUACGAGUGGGUUCACAUCACCCUCAACGUCAGAAAACCCUCCAAGCCCAAGUGCUGGCUGGAGGGGGAGCUGCUGGAAGGGAAGGAUCUGUUCCUGCAGUGCCGCUCCGCCUCGGGCACCGAGCCCAUCUCGUACCGCUGGCAGCGCCUGAGCGAGGAGCGCAGAGCCGAGCACCUGCCGCCCAACUCCAGAGUCAACAUCUCGAACCCGGGCCAGGUGCUGCUGAAGAACCUGACCCAGCUGAGCACGGGGCUGUACCAGUGCGUGGCCACCAACGAGGCGGGGCAGGAGAGCUGCGCCCUGCAGGUGACAGUGCAGCGUGCACAAAACAUCGGCAUGAUCGCCGGGGCAGUGUGUGGAGUGCUGCUGGGGCUCUCCCUGCUCUUCCUGGUGGUCAGGCUGACAAUAAGGAGGAAAGAAAAGAAGAGAUACGAGGAAGAGGAGGCACCGAAUGAAAUCAGGGAGGACGCGGAGGCCCCCAAGGCGCACCUGGUCAAACCCAGCUCCUCUUCCUCGGGCUCCAGGAGCUCCCGCUCGGGUUCCUCCUCCACCAGGUCCACAGCCAACAGUGCCUCCCGCAGCCAGCGGACUUUGUCCACCGAGGCCACCCCCCACCUGACCCCGCCGCAGUACGGGCAGCGGCAGGAGCACCGGAGGGAGCCCGAGCCCAGGAAAGCGGAUCCCAGCGCGGGCAGGAUGGGAGCGCCCGCCGUGAUGGUGCCAGCGCAGAGCCGCGCCUUCCAGACCGUGUGAGUAUCCUCGGAGUAUCCCUGGAGUAUCCUCGGAGUAUCCCUGGAGUAUCCUAGGAGUAUCCCUGGAGUAUUCUCGGAGUAUCCCUGGAGCAUCCCCGGAGCAUCCUCGGAGAAUCCCUGCCCUGGAGUAUCCCUGGAGCAUCCCCGGAGCAGCCCCAGAGCAUCCUCGGAGUAUCCCCGGAGCAUCCUCGGAGUAUCCCUGGAGCAUCCCCGGAGUAUCCCCGGAGCAUCCUCAGAGCAUCCUCAGAGCAUCCCAGGAGCAUCCCUGGAGCAUCUCUGGAGCAUCCUCGGAGUACCCCUGGAGCAUCCCCGGAGCAGCCCUGGAGCAUCCCUGGAGCAGCUCUGGAGCAUCCACGGAGCAUCCUCGGAGAAUCCCUGCCCCGGAGUAUCCCUGGAGCAUCUCUGGAGCAGCUCUGGAGCAGCUCUGGAGCAUCCACGGAGCAUCCUCGGAGAAUCCCUGCCCUGGAGUACCCCUGGAGCAGCUCUGGAGCAUCCCUGUCCCGGAGCAUCCCUGUAGCAGCCCCAGAGCAUCCUCAGAGAAUCCCCAGAGCAUCCCCGGAGUAUCCCUGGAGCAUCCCUGGAGCAGCCCUGGAGUAUCCUUGGAGUAUCCUUGGAGUAUCCCUGGAGCAGCCCCAGAGUAUCCCUGGAGCAUCCCCGCAUCCUCGGAGAAUCCCUGGAGCAGCCCUGGAGAAUCCCCAGAGCAUCCCUAGAGCAGCUCCAGAGCAUCCCCAGAGAAUCCCCGGAGUAGUCCCGGAGUAUCCCUGGAGCAGCCCCGGAGCAUCCCUGGAGUAUCCCUGGAGCAGCCCCAGAGUAUCCCUGGAGUAUCCUUGGAGCAUCGCCAGAGCAGCCCCGGAGCAUCCCCGGAGCAUCCCUAGAGCUGUCCCAGA